AUGAUGCACCAUCUUGACUUCACCAACGGACACCGGCAUUCUGAUGGGGCGCUCGGAAUGUCCGGUGGACCGAUGGGUGCCAUGUUGCAUGAGUCGUUCUCGGGACUAGUUGGAGCGGUACCGACGGCGGCCGAUCUGAAUGGGCCGGACUUUCUUCACCACUACGGACCGGCGGUUGACUACUGGAACCCUGUGGCCUACAAGAAUGGUACCAACCCGAUGAAGGCGAUGGAAGCUUGCCUUCAGAACGCCAACAAAGGCCAGUACAAUCCACUGGAGCAAGUCGAGCAGCUUAGCAUAAGCUGUGACAGCGAGUCGCAGUCUUCUCCGCUGGAGCAUAGCCAGCAAUCGACGGCCAACGGAACCGGGCUUCUUCUUAGCCAUGGUGCGAAUCUCCAUCACAACAAUAAUAACAACGUGCUGAACAGCAACAAAAACCUCCACGAGCCUCGUGGUCAGGCAAAGACCCAGCGGGCUUCGGAACAGCGACAUCAGCGAACUCGCGCAGGACGACGUGGUGCGGUAGAUGGCUCACAGAGCUCUUCCCCGGAAGGAGCAACCGAUGGCGAAGGUCGUGCAGGUAUGCCGGAGGACGAGGGCGAUGGCGAUGGCAGCAGAACGGACGAGGAGGACGAGGACGACAUCGGUGGUAGUGACGAGGACACAACCAGGGGUGGUGAUGGUGGUGGUGGUGGUAGGAGGGAAUCUAUCAUACAAAAUGGCAGCAGGCAGCAGGCCGUUCGCCAGCAGCAGCAGCAGCAGCAGCAGCAGCUGGGAGCGCCUCAGACGGCGGCUUUCGCGAACACCAAAAAAGCACCCGACGCGGAUAAGCCUUAUCAUUCGUCGCUGGCCGGGGCUGUGGUCGUGCUCGAGGGCAAACACUUGUGGGACAAGUUUCACGAGCAGGGCACGGAGAUGAUAGUCACAAAGGCGGGACGGCGCAUGUUCCCGACCUUCCAGGUGAAGGUAUCCGGGCUGGAGCUGGCCGCGGAGUACCUCAUGAUAAUGGACUUUGUGCCGCUCGAUGAUAAGCGCUAUCGAUACGCGUUCCACACCUCAAGCUGGGUCGUGGCCGGAAAAGCGGACCCUAUCUCACCGCCCCGCAUCAGCGUCCACCCGGAUUCACCUGCAACCGGUGCCACCUGGAUGAAGCAGACCAUCUCUUUUGACAAGCUGAAGCUCACCAACAACCAGCUGGACGAUAAUGGCCAUAUCAUUCUCAACUCGAUGCAUCGUUACCAGCCACGGCUGCACGUAUGCUACUUCACGCGCAAUGGCGUCAAGGACGAGAAGGACACGCUCACACACCGAACGUUUGUUUUCUCUGAGACAUCCUUCACGGCCGUGACGGCUUACCAGAACCAGCGGGUUACUCAGCUCAAGAUCGUCAGCAAUCCCUUCGCGAAGGGUUUUCGGGACAACGAAACUAACGAAGACUCCCAGGAACGAUCGGCACCGGCCAUGAGCGAUCGGUUGAAAAAUGAGCGCAGCUCCAGCUACAAGAAAGAUGGCGAAAUGGCACCAGCUACAGCUGGGUCGGGCACAUCCUCGUCACCUCGGUUACUACCGGUUUCGUCUGCGGCAUCCUCCACCACGAUGGUGUCCUCCGUCCUGUCUCUACACCAACCUCCACACCACCAGCCAUCACUGCAUCAUCUCCAGCAUCACCUGCAGCAUCUUCACCAACCGCCCGGUCCCAAUCCGACCACACCCGGCGAAGGAACCGGAACGUCAACCGACGCCCAUCAUCACCUUCAUCAACACCAGCAACAUCACCAGCAGCAGCAGCAACAGCAGCAACAGUCCCAUCAUAGCCACCAUCAUCUGAACGGAAGUAGCGCAGGAUUGACCGCUCUUGUGGCGGGACACCAUUCACCUCUCAACUCGCCGGCAUCUUCGUCAGGUGGGGCCUCACUCUCACCGUACGGGUUGUCCCCGCAUACUGCCGGUUCCGGGGCCACUUCGACCGGAUCUGGGUCGGCCGGAUCCAGCAGUAAUAUGCUGGCGCAACCGUACGCCUCCGAAGCUAGCGGUUUUGGGCCAAUCUACCACCACCAUCAUCACCAUCACCAUCACAACCCACUGGGUGGAUCAAACGGACCCUAUAUGGGCCAUUCGUCCUUCGUCGAUAAGUACAAACUGUCGACGACGCCUCCACCACCUCCACCACCACCCAACACGCUUACACCACCGGGAGCCACCUACACUGGGCAUUAUCAGGGUUUUUACGCCGGUCCAAGUCAUCCCGGUGCCGGAAUGGGUCAUCACGCGAUGGCACAUGGGGCACGGGCUGCCGUCGCCUCGAUCACGUGUCGCGAUCGUCCCGAGCAUGGCUGGUACGCUUAA